CAUAUCACCUGCUUGAUGCGGAAGCGGAUGUUAGUUCUUUCUUCCUCAAAGCCAUUUUCGACUUCAAACUUGCGUUUUGUGACCAACUGCUUGCUGAUUCGUGUUUCUAACAGAGAAAUCAUGAAUUUGGAGCGCGUUUCAAACGAGGAGAAACUGAAUCUUUGCCGAAAAUAUUAUUUGGGUGGCUUUGCCUUCCUCCCUUUCCUCUGGCUGGUGAACGUUGUGUGGUUUUUUAAAGAGGCUUUUGUAAAACCUGCCUACACAGAACAACCACAGAUCAAAAUCUAUGUGAAACGGUCAGCGCUGGGGUUACUGCUGUGGGUGGCCGUGCUCACGACGUGGAUCACCGUUUUCCAGCAUUUCCGAGCACAGUGGGGCGAGGUGGCUGAUUAUCUCUCCUUCACCAUUCCUCUUGGCACACCAUAAAGAGACACUGCCUACACGUUAUUUCCUCUGGAAGGCUUCUUGAUUUUUUUUUUUAAUCUCUUAAACAGUGUGAUAAACAUAUGUCAUAUUAUUUUGACUUGUUUUGAAAGUGAAAGAAUGAAACAUGACAGAAUGAACAUGAGUCUGAGCAAUGUGAUAAGAAAUGAGUGACAUACACCAGUUGUACACACUUUCCUCAUUUACAGAGAUGAUCAUAAUCUAAUCUUCUAAUCCCAGAAACAGGACUGACAUACCAGACUCUCUAAUAUCCACAAAUGAAGCCUCAGUGAUGUGUAACUCUUAACUGGCGCCUAUUAUGAAACCCAAUCUCACGUUCGGGCAAAUUCUAAGCCCCCUUGCUGCCGGGAUCUCACUGGAUGCUGUUUUUAGUAGCUUGUAGUCAGAGUGUUGAUGGCAGGCAAAAUAUAGUUCCCCGCAUCAGUACUUGGCAUCCUUACAAAUAAAAAAAAGAUUGAUGAGUUCUGCAGUCAGGCAUCUGAACUACGUUUUCCAUAAUAUGACCAGCAAGUAAUCAUUACGUGACAGUUCAUAGUGUUCAAGUUCGUGAGUAGAGUCAGUACAGUUUAUUCUUGGGACGCUCUCGAUAUUGAGAGUACGAUGUGAUAAUGUCAAUGUAUUUACUUUCAUUCCUUUCUCAGAAUGCUGGCCAAAACCAAAUCGAAACCUUGAAACAUGUUUUGACUGUCUCAGUGGACCACAGAGUUUGUUUACUGUCCAUGGCUGUGAAAGCCAUUUUUAUUGAUUAAACUUACCUUCUUGUGUCUCUAUAAAACCAUAUACCUGAAUUUCCAAUAAUAGAGCUGCAAUGUUAUGAGACUGGAAUAAAUUCUUGUCCUAACCAAGUCUACUUGGUAGUAAAAAUAAAACCAGAAUUGCAGACAUGAA